GCUGCCCUGCAGGCCUCCUCCCUGGGGACAGCCCCUCCCAGCCAAUGGCACAGCCUAGGUCCCCCUAUAUAAGGCCAGGGCUGCAGGCCCUUCCUUUGGGUCAGUGUCGCCUCCAGGAUCCAGACAGCCCCUUCAGCACAGCCCGGCCAGGUCCCCACGCCGCCACCAUGCCGUUCGGCAACACCCACAACAAGUUCAAGCUGAACUACAAGGGUGAGGAGGAAUACCCCGACCUCACCAAGCACAACAACCACAUGGCCAAGGUGCUGACCCUUGACAUCUACAAGAAGCUGAGGGACAAGGAGACUCCAUCUGGCUUCACCCUGGACGACGUCAUCCAGACAGGUGUGGACAACCCAGGUCACCCCUUCAUCAUGACCGUGGGCUGCGUGGCCGGUGACGAGGAGUCCUACCAGGUUUUCAAGGAGCUCUUCGACCCCGUCAUCCAUGAUCGUCAUGGGGGCUACAAGCCCACCGACAAGCACAAGACCGACCUCAACCACGAGAACCUCAAGGGUGGAGAUGACCUGGACCCCAACUACGUGCUCAGCAGCCGCGUCCGCACUGGCCGCAGCAUCAAGGGCUACAGCCUGCCCCCCCACUGCUCCCGCGGCGAGCGCCGGGCCGUGGAGAAGCUCUCUGUGGAAGCUCUCAACAGCUUGACAGGCGAGUUCAAGGGGAAAUACUACCCUCUGAAGAGCAUGACAGAGAAGGAGCAGCAACAGCUCAUCGAUGACCACUUCCUGUUCGACAAGCCCGUGUCCCCGCUGCUGCUGGCCUCAGGCAUGGCCCGUGACUGGCCUGAUGCCCGUGGUAUCUGGCACAACGACAACAAGAGCUUCCUGGUGUGGGUGAACGAGGAGGAUCACCUCCGGGUCAUCUCUAUGGAGAAGGGGGGCAACAUGAAGGAGGUUUUCCGCCGCUUCUGCGUGGGGCUGCAGAAGAUCGAGGAGAUCUUUAAGAAAGCCGGCCACCCCUUCAUGUGGAACGAGCACCUGGGCUACGUGCUCACCUGCCCGUCCAACCUGGGCACUGGGUUGCGCGGAGGCGUGCACGUGAAGCUGGCGCACCUGAGCAAGCACCCCAAGUUCGAGGAGAUUCUCACCCGUCUGCGCCUGCAGAAGCGGGGCACAGGCGGUGUGGACACAGCUGCCGUGGGCUCCGUGUUCGACGUGUCCAACGCCGACCGGCUGGGCUCAUCCGAGGUAGAGCAGGUGCAGCUGGUGGUGGACGGUGUGAAGCUCAUGGUGGAGAUGGAGAAGAAGCUGGAGAAAGGCCAGUCCAUCGACGACAUGAUCCCCGCCCAGAAGUAGGCGCGCUGCCCGCCCGCCACCGACUGCUGCAGCCGCAGCCAGUGGGAGGACCCCGCCCACCGGAGGCUGCCCCUUCACCUCUGGCCUCGCCCCUUUGCUCGGAGUCCCACCUAUAAUGGCUGUGUCACCUGGGGGUUCUAUCCACCCCUCUCGGAGUUCCAGUUGCGACCAGAGUUCCGACGGACUCCACCCUCUGGGUUCUGGCCAAUGAAAAGCCUCCCUGACAAGGUCCCCUACUGGUUCCAGAGCUCCAGCCACCACCAGGAACUCUGGCUGACGGAGAGCUCCCAGAACACCCGGGGCUCCUGCUUUGUCUCAGCGCAAAGCAAUAAAUAAAAGCAAUGGUGGCCUUA